AACACGCUUUGGCCAAUUUUAAUUUCGGCAAGGUCGCUCGUCUGAUGAUUAGGUUUGCUCCUGUGUGGUGGGGUUCCAAGAACUUCAAGUCUUUACUCUCAUGGAGGUCAAACAAGCUGAUAAGUUCCUCGUUCAAACUUCGGUUGCCUUCUUGUUUCCGUACUCAGGAGAAUUCCGGUAAAGCAUCGCGUCCUGGAGAAAGCAAGAAUAAUCAAACAUCUAAUAUUCCAAAGCUUGAAUUGCGGUUUUCAUUUUCUCGAAAUAAAAUGCCUGACCCUCCUGGCGGAUGGCCUCUUGCUUCUUGGGCUAUACUUGGUGUUGUUGGUUUGACAUGGGUUGCCUAUCACAAUUUUUCAAUGUAUCGAAAGGUCGAUUGGAAGGAGUUUACAGAUAACUUCCUACUAAAGGGCGCUGUUCAUCACUUAGAGGUUGUGAACAAAUCUUGGGUUCGAAUUCAUCUCCAACCAGGCGCAGAGUCCGAGUCGUAUGGAUCAGUUGAUCUCAGCAAGAAAAUUUAUUGGUUUGAAAUCGGUUCAGUUGACACUUUUGAACGAAGUUUACGUGAUAUGGAGGCUCAUAUGGGUAUAGAUCCUAUGCAUAGAACGUUUAUAACCUAUAGCAGUCGUCUAAAGCCAUCAGAUGUUUUAUAUGGCAUUUUCUAUAUUUCUUUGUUCUUAAUGGCUGUGUAUUCUUUACGGCCUGCAUCUGGUGGUGUUGUAAGGAAGUCAGGACUGGGUUCAGGAUUAUUCAAUUUCGGACAAUCACCUGUGCGUUUAAUAGAAAAAGAUAAAAUUGGUGUACGUUUUAGCGAUGUAGCAGGUUGUGAAGAAGCAAAACUUGAAAUAAUUGAAUUUGUUAACUUCUUAAAAAAUCCAACAAAAUAUGAAGCGUUAGGAGCAAAGAUUCCUCGUGGUGCCAUCCUAAAAGGUCCUCCUGGAACUGGAAAAACACUUUUGGCUAAGGCGACUGCUGGAGAAGCGAAUGUUCCAUUUCUUUCCGUUUCUGGGAGUGAAUUUUUAGAGAUGUUCGUUGGUGUAGGACCGAAAAGAGUACGCGAUAUGUUUGCCUCUGCACGAGACAAAGCUCCCUGUAUAUUGUUUAUUGACGAAAUUGACGCUAUUGGUGGCAAGCGAUCUGGUACAUCUUUCGGUCAUCAGGAACGGGAAAAUACUCUCAAUCAACUACUUGUGGAAAUGGACGGGUUUACUACUCAAGAAAAUGUUGUCGUUCUAGCUGCUACCAAUCGUGUUGAUAUUCUAGAUCCAGCUCUUCUUAGGCCUGGACGUUUUGACCGUCAAAUCUAUGUAUCGUUGCCCGAUAUCAAAGGUCGUGCAUCAAUAUUUAAGAUACAUUUGAAACCGAUUAAAUUAGCUGAUGAUAUGCAACUUGUAGCUCGCAAAAUGGCUGCGCGUACUCCAGGAUUUUCUGGUGCGGAUAUUGCAAGUGUGUGUAAUGAGGCAGCGUUAAUUGCUGCGCGAGAAGAUGCUCAUAGCGUCAAUCUGAUCCAUUUUGAUAAAGCUAUCGACCGUGUAAUUGCUGGGUUAGAAAAGAAAAGUCAUGUAUUACAACCCGAAGAAAAAAAAACAGUUGCAUACCAUGAAGCUGGGCAUGCAGUUGUUGGUUGGUUUUUAGAACAUUGUAAUCCAUUGUUGAAAGUAUCAAUAAUUCCUCGUGGUAAAGCUCUUGGCUAUGCUCAGUAUCAACCUAGGGAUAUAUAUUUGCGUACUAAAGAGCAAAUGUUGGAUGAAAUGUGUUUGGCAUUAGGGGGUCGAGCGAGUGAAGAAGUAUUUUUCGGUAAAGUUGGAAGUGGAGCAGUGGACGAUUUACAGCGUGUAACUCGAUCAGCUUAUGCCCAAAUUGUCCAACUAGGGUUCAGUUCAAAGGUUGGGUUGCUAAGUUUCGAUUUGCCUCAGCAAGGUGAUAUGGUUCUUUCCAAACCAUAUUCUGAGCAUACUGCACAAAUAAUAGACGAAGAAGUUAGAAAACUUGUUCAGUCUGCCUACGAAAGAACACUUACGAUAUUAAGAGAGAAAAAACAGCUUGUCGAUAAAUUAGCUCUACAAUUACUCGACAAAGAGCAGUUGCAAAAAGAAGACUUGAUUGAAGUAUUAGGUCCAAGGCCGUUUGUGGAGAAAAGCACAUAUGAAGAACUCGUAGGUCCUGGUAAGUUAUCUUCCAUUUUUUAAAAUUUUCCUAUUACGAAUAAGUUUCUAAAACAACUCAUAACAUUUUUAAGUAGUUAGUUCAGUGCUUAGAGUUAUAUAAUUUGGAUGUACGUCCUGAAUCCUAGAGUGAUCUGCUUUUGAACAGCAAUAAUAUCCUUAGGUAACUUGAGCAAAAGACUUAUGGAGGACUCUCUCGAAUCAAUAAUCCCUCGCAAACUCAUUUCUGGCUGGUGAUGAAAACGACAGCAAUUCCAAUGUCUGAAAAGCCGUUCACGCAAUGGAGUUUCUUAGUAGUGAACAAUAGAACUAAAAGUAAUUAGGAAUUAAAAGCCAGUUUACUUUAAACAUAGGUUUAAUUCACCGUUAGUCAAUCUUCCGUCCACUUCUAUCCAUCAACAACCUAUUAGGGGAUUACAUAAAACCUCUAACUCUUAGUGAUAUAAAGAAAGGAGCAAUGAAAAUUUAAGGAGUAGAAAUGUAUUCCAGUGAAUUAACUUCAGAGUACUUUAGAUAAGAUUGCUCAGCAAUAUCAGUAAGAUUAACUGGGGUAAUAUUUAUAGCUUCGAAGCUAAUAGUUCGUGUACUAAUAUUUCUUGCGUUUAACAAAAUAACAGAAGUCUUUGGUUAUUCUCAACAAUAUUAGUUUUACUUAUAUAUCUGUUAGAGUAUUAGCUUUCUAUGUUUAAUAGCCUCCGCGAAACAAGAAGACAAACUUGUAUGUAUUACUACUAUCUUUACUGUUCAUCAGUCUUGUCCCGUGAUUGUAAUAUAAGAUAUGUCUCUACCUUAUUGUAAUGCGUGUUAGAUGCAGUUUAAAGCAUUUAUUUAACACAUCCACGUCUCUAUUUGGCAACCCCCACCUCCCAAUAGUGUGAUUACGACAUCUUAGCGUUUGCCUUUCUACAGGCAUUAUAAAACUUCUGGCUAAGGUCACUCUUUAUUCCAUGUAUGCUACAUUCCGUGAAAUCGUAGGCAUAAAACUUCGAGUUUUCAUUUUAUCACUUAUUCUGAUCCAUAUAAAAUGUCGACGUGGAGAAACAUUGAGACUGGCUGCUAUGCCUCCGAGCUUAGUGAAGCUGUUGUUUAGGUACAAGUAGAGUAUGUCAUAUUGAACCCUCUUACUAAAUAAGUAAAUGACUGCACUAGAAUCGUGGACAUAAAUUUCGACAUCGACGAUCCGUGGUUCUAGAGUUAUUCUCCGAUUUUACUUAGCGUUCCAGAAAUGUACCCUCUAGCAUGUCAUAUCAAUUGCGGUUCCAGAAGACUUCAUGUGGCAUUUCGUAAACUUGAAUCGUUAUUAUUUGUGGCGCAGAUGUAAAAAAAUCUAAAGAUUGAUAGUAAAAGUAUAAAAAAUAUUAGUUACUGAAGAAAUUUGACCGUGAUCGAGGUUAGCUUGAUUGAUGUUAAAGGUACAAAUUUUAUGUUCCGUUUUCUGAAAAGACACUUAUCGAGAGAUUUUGAAGGGAAAAUGAAUCUCUUUUCGUUUUCACUAUUCAGUAAUGUGACUGCAGAACUCAUGAGACAACUAUGUAAAGCCGAUAGUACAUCGUCUUUGUAAGUUUCAAGUGCGGUAGCUCCUCACAUUAACCUCAUGAUAACACUAAUUUGAAUUAACUUAGGGCUGGGUCUUCUCUACAUGUGAUGAUGGUACAGGUACUAAAUGAGAAUAAGGAGUCUCAAUCCCCUCAACUAAGUUUGAUGUCACAACUGUGAAGUGAUUGCUAGUUUAAAAGUUUUGUAACCCUUUACCCCAUAUGAACUUUACAAGAUAAGUAUCUUCUAAAAUAGUCAAAGAUCUAAUACUGUAUACAUAUUAUGCUUUAGACCGUCCUUAGCAUAAUGUUUCAGUUUCUACUGAAAAUAAUGAGUGGCAUUUCAGGAUUAGGUGUUCACAGACAUAUACAGAGUCCAAUAAUGCUAGACCGAAGAUACUAGAUAUUCGUUUUAUCAUUAACUGAAAGUGUACUUUCGUAAUCCUAAAGUACUGAUUGGUUGGCAUAACUUCUGAUCAUGAUUAGUAAUUUAAAUAGGUUGUUGAGUUAUCUAUUACCUGAUAGUAAUGAAAGAAUGAUUAUUAUCAUUUAUAUAUUUUGUAGUUUGUUGAUGACUUUACUUCAUCUACUCUAGUACACAUGUAAAAUAUGAUCAGCUCCAUACUGUAAUUAAAAAUAAUAAUACAGUUGUCUUUUUGAUUUGUCUGUAGUGAUACAUGCUGAGAUAUAGUAUAAUUUAUACAAACAUGUUCGGUUUGUCGAAAUUAAUAUUCAUUCUCUUACGUAAUAAACUUGAAAUUACUUCUUUCUGUAACAGAAAUAGGUAAACUCUUUUGUGUUUCUUUUUCCAGGCUCCUUGGAUGAAGAUGUGUCUCUCCCUCCUGGACUCAAGGACUGGAAUAAAGAACCAGAUUCCAAAUCGAAGGCCUCGUAAACUUGCAUGUAGUUUAGUCUGUAUACUUAUUCCACUAACAUAACUUUUACAUUUAACGUCGAAAAGAAAAAUUGCAGUAUGUUUGUAAAAUAAGCUAUAAAUUUCUUCUAAUACAUGGAAUUAUCCAUGUC